AUGGAGUCCCUGAAGGUGUUCUACCUCCUGACCCUGACCAUGGCUGCAGUGGCUGCACCUCUCAGUGAUGUAACUUGCCUCUGCCCACAGGAAGCUCGGGAGGAGCUGCUGGUUGACAAGGUGAUGAAGUUGAUCCGAGAUGAGGUGAUUCAGGAGAAGGCUCGACUGGAGGCUGAGAACAGAGAGCUCAAGAAACAGCUGUCAGAGUACAAGCCUGUGUGUUACGGCCUGCGUCCCAUCGGCAUGGAAACGGGCGAUAUUCCACAGGACAGCAUCACGGCCUCGUCGACAUGGCGACCAGAGACGGCCCCGUACUACGCUCGCUACUCCAGCAGCCACUACACGUUUGACUCCCACGCCUGGUGUGCAUCGUUCAACGACAGGAUUCAGUGGAUUCAGGUUGACCUUGGGAAGCCCAUGACAGUGGCCGGGGUGAUAGUUCAAGGUCAGCAAGGUUUCCCCCACUGGGUGUCGUCCUUCAAACUGCUCUACAGUCUGGACCAGAAGGACUGGAUGUACUAUCAGGACGAGACUGGCAACGACAAGGUAUUCAGCGGGAACUUUGACAGCACGACGGGUGUGCGACACGACCUGAAGCGUCAGCCGCAGGCACGGUACGUCCGGAUCAACCCGCACACCUGGCACUACCACGUCUGCCUGCGCUUUGAGGUCAUGACCUGCGUGGGCGAGGCCGAGCUCAGCAGCUCGUUCGACGCCAUCUCCGUCCCGGGAAACGGAGACGAGGUUUUGGUUGCCACGGACUACGAACAGGACCAGGGCAACGACCUCAUGUUCUUCCAGACGCCGCCGCUCGCAGUGGAUGUGCCGAAGGAGGAGGUGAAGGACAUCACUCAAGAUCCAGACUUUAGAAACAAGAUGGCGGAAGGGCAGGAUCAAGGUCACGACUUUAGAAACAAGAUGGUGGAAGGGCAGGAAGGUCGUGACUUUGGAAACAAGAUGGUUGAAGGGCAGGAAGGUCGUGACUUUAGAAACAAGAUGGCGGAUGGGCCGACCAGGUUUGAGCAGUUGCAGGAGGAUACUGAUGCAGAAUUAGUGAAAGACACACUGCAGCGUGAGAUGGAACUUCAUGCAAAAGAAAACAGGGAGCGUCAAGGAGAAGACAUUGUUCCCUUUGCAGACGAAAAUGAUAUCAGAGUCCAGCUAGGUCAAAUAGAAAACAACAUGGUGGACAGGGAAGACUACGGGAUGUUCCGGGCUGUACCACUGCCGCAGGAGGGGUGGGAGGAAGCUGGCGACCAAGUAGGUGACCUUGAAAACAACAUGGUGGAUGAAAUGUUCCAGACUGUGCCACUGGGGGCAGAGGGGUGGGAGGUUGGUAUGAAAAAGGGGGAGGAGGGUACCUCAAAACCCUGGAUGGAAGAACAGGACAGCAUGGGUGAGUCGGGCGACCAUGAUGGCUUCAUGUAAAUCUUGGAAAGAGCUGAAACUUUUUAUCGACAUUUGUAUAAAGUAGGUGGAUAUAGCUCCUGACUUCCUUAUCAUACAUUGCCAAGAAUGACUUCUUAACAUUUAACUGCUAUUAUCCAUACAAGCUGAAGCAACAUUUUAAUAUAGUCGUACAAUUUGCACAUUUGAUGCUUGCCUACAUUCAUCCUUAAAAUGUAAGUUUUGCAUACCAUUCAGUUAAGAUUUCUUUUAUUUUGUCUUUUGAGC